AUGGCAGGAAAUGUGGCAUUUAACCAGAGCACGACGCAGUCUUCGGAUUAUAGCGAGAGAGGGUUCAGCUUCGUGUCCAGACUCGCCGUUGAUGGUGGCGCCCGACUUACCGGCUUUACUCUGUCUGUGGGUAACUCCUCCCAGAAUUACAAAAUGUGUUACAAGGACAACACCACAGCCCCAACAGGUCCUGGGGAGAUCAUCAACGGAGUUUGUAACGGUGGUCCUGUAUUUGGGGACACCGUGAACAUUGCGAUAACUAAAUACCCUUUCCUUACUCUGUGUGAAGUACAGAUUUUCGCAAAAAUAUCAGAUGGAAGUGGGGCUGACACUGCAUACAUAGGCGGUGGAUUGGCUGCAGCUGUCGUGUUGAUGGCUGCAGUUGUUGUUGUUGUCAUUGUCCUAGUUAGGAGACGACGUAAAGAAGGCCACCAGCCCGGUGGUCAAGGUCUUCAAGCAGAAGGUAGAAUAUUACAACCCGAUAGCAGGGAGCCACAGGGUGACACAGUGUUUGGGGACGACAGCAUUGAUCAGGAUGACGAACCACAGGGUAACAUCAAUCCUUACGUUAACGCUGACGUCGUCCCGACCAUAGUGUCUGUCGAGGAGUUCCCAGACUACUUCGCGAGGAGGAAUGCCGGGAAAGGAUUCAAGAAAGAAUUUGCGACAUUCCUGGUGGGCUUGCAGGCAAAACACACUGAGGCAGACAAAGCGAAGAACAAAGCGAAAAGCCGCUAUCGGAGCCUUGUGGCAUAUGACCAUUCCAGGGUGUUAUUGUCCGUGACAGAUGACCAGGAUACGGACUACAUCAAUGCCUGUUAUAUCAAUGGUUACAACGAACCAAAGAAAUACAUUGCAUCACAGGGUCCUAAUAACGUCAUCUUAAACGAUUUUCUGCGCAUGAUCUGGGAACAGAAGUCUGGGAAGAUCGUCAUGGUGACCAACCUAGUAGAGACAACAAAGACCAAGUGCUGUAAAUACUGGCCUGAGGAAGGGUCAGAGAGUUUUGGUCUCAUCACGGUGACAUUACUAGAUAAGGAGAAUUACGCGGAUUUCGUCGUGAGAACUCUGCAACUGACACACAUUAUGAGAAAGAAUGAAAGUCAUACUGUCAAACAGUUCCACUUUAUGGCCUGGCCUGAUCAUGGUACGCCUCCACACGAUACUGCGAUACUGGACUUCCGGAACAAAGUUAACGGUUAUCUGACACAGUUGGGUGGACCAAUCGUCGUGCACUGCAGUGCGGGUGUCGGGCGUACGGGAACAUACAUAGCUCUGGAUUACCUGAUCGCCCAGGCUCAUGACGAGGGGGUGGUGGAUGUGCCUGCCUGUGUCAGGCAACUCCGGGAACAGCGAGUUAACAUGGUUCAGACUCUGGAGCAGUACAAAUUCCUUUAUAAAACCCUUGCCAAGGCAUUGAAGCCUGAAAGUAACAGGGUUCCUGGAGUGGAAUUCCCUCGUGUCUUUGCUGAGCUGUGUACCCCAGACCCAGAGACCGGUAUAACCAAGAUGGCAGGACAGUUCCAGUCUCUCCAGAGGCUGACAGCUCCCCUGGAUAAAACCGUUAUCACCGCGGUACGUCAUCCGGACAACGUCACCAAAAACAGAUCAGACAGUAUCCUGGCAGCGGACACAUGCAGACCGUACCUGUCCACACCUGUACCUGACGGCAAUAACUACAUCAAUGCUGUAUACCUACCAACGUUCAAGUCGAAUAGAGGUUUAAUCAUCACUCAGACUCCUCUGCCCAGCACAGUUCUGGAUUUCUGGCGCCUGGUGUACGACCACGACAUAACUGUCAUCGUCAUGAUAGACUCUGUAAAGCCAGAUGAUAAGGACUUUGGAAUAUACUGGCCAAUGGAAGGAAAGCAGUUUGACCCAUUUGUGGUGAAAGUCAAGGACAAUCUAGAGUAUGAAGAUUUUUCUGUGUGGACGUACCAUUUGUCUCACAAGAACACGAAAGUAGCGCACCCUAUCAAGCAGUUCCGGUGUAACUUUUGGACCGGGGAUCCAACACCAACCUCGAUAGCGUCACUGCUGUCCGUCAUAGAAGAGGCGACCAAAUGGCAACAAAAGACAGGCAACGUACCAGUUUUGGUACACUGUAGAGACGGCGUGACGAAAAGCGGCCUGUACUGUGUGGCCACCUCAGUGAUAGAGAGACUGAAGAUGGACAAGGAAGUGAACAUCAUCCACACGGUGAAACAGAUGAGGGCCAACAGGCCACAAAUCAUCACAGACCUGAAUCAGUUCCAGUUCCUGCAUCAAGUGGCUAUGGAUUAUCUUGAAACCGCCCACACAUAUGCUAAUUUUGUGUAA